AUGACUGCUGUGACACCGUCAUAUCGAGAGACGGUAGAAAUAUGUGAUACUCCAUCUGGGUUUUUGAGGAAUGCAAUCGCCAACGUGCCAAUUGCAAUUAUCAACCAAGACAUUUUGCAGGGACACAUAGAUACACAUGUAAAGUGGGAGGACCUGAUGGAGAUGGAUUUCAACUGUAGGACUUUUCAAUUUGUUGUCCUAUGUGAUCAGUGA